GUCAUCACCAUUAAAAAUAAUUGGCCUGCAGGUUUCCAGCCACUGCACCACUGUGGAAGGAAGACAGACUUUUGGUUGCGUUGGGUCAGCACAAGUCAGAUAGAGGCAUUUCAGAUUGCAUUUGAUCUUAUUUCUGGCUGAAGCCAUGGGACUUUUUCUACGUGUGGUGCUGUUAUGGCUGCUGCUCAUUGGAGAGCUUCAGGCGAACAUUAAAUCUCACAAUCAUGGAUAUGGGUCUAACAAUAUAGACAUAGGUGGCCAGCCCCAGGUUCCCAGCUACCAGCGCCAGGUUCCCAGCUACCAGCCCAAACACCAGCCCCAGGUUCCCAGCUACCAGCCCAAACACCAGCCCCAGGUUCCCAGCUACCAGCCCCAGGUUCCCAGCUACCAGCCCAAACCUCAGCCCCAGGUUCCCAGCUACCAGCCCAAACCCCAGCCCCAGGUUCCCAGCUACCAGCCCCAGGUUCCCAGCUACCAGCCCCAGGUUCCCAGCUACCAGCCCAAACCUCAGCCCCAGGUUCCCAGCAACCAGCCACAGGUAACUUUCUUCAGUCCAAGGGCCCAUCCACCUUACUACCAGCCCAAGCCCAUGCCCCAGCCCCAGCCUGGCUACCAGCCCAAGCCCAUGCCCCAGCCCAAGCCCAUGCCCCAGCCCCAGCCUGGCUACCAGCCCAAGCCCAUGCCCCAGCCCCAGCCUGGCUACCAGCCCAAGCCCAUGCCCCAGCCCCAGCCUGGCUACCAGCCCCAGCCUGGCUACCAGCCCAAGCCCAUGCCCCAGCCCCAGCCUGGCUACCAGCCCAAGCCCAUGCCCCAGCCCAAGCCCAUGCCCCAGCCCCAGCCUGGCUACCAGCCCAAGCCCAUGCCCCAGCCCCAGCCUGGCUACCAGCCCAAGCCCAUGCCCCAGCCCCAGCCUGGCUACCAGCCCAAGCCCAUGCCCCAGCCCCAGCCCCAGCCUGGCUACCAGCCCAAGCCCAUGCCCCAGCCUGGCUACCAGCCUGGCUACCAGCCCAUGCCCCAGCCUGGCUACCAGCCCAUUCCCAAGCCCAUGCCCCAGCCUGGCUACCAGCCCAAGCCUCAGCCUCAGGUUCCCCACUACCAGCCCAAGCCUCAGCCUCAGGUUCCCCGCUACCAGCCCAAGCCUCAGCCUCAGGUUCCCCGCUACCAGCCCAAGCCUCAGCCUCAGGUUCCGCGCUACCAGCCCAAGCCUCAGCCUCAGCCUCAGGUUCCGCGCUACCAGCCCAAGCCUCAGCCUCAGCCUCAGGUUCCGCGCUACCAGCCCAAGCCUCAGCCUCAGCCUCAGGUUCCGCGCUACCAGCCCAAGCCUCAGCCCCAGUUUAGUAACAAUUUUGCCUCAGGCAUUACAGCCCAGAAUGAAGCUGCAAGAGGGAGUGGGAUCCGUCCAAUCUAUGGACGCAAAUGAGGUUUUGCCUACAACCACAACUAGAGCCUAAGGCACAGAUUAAAGGAUUUCUUGGAAAUGUCUGAGCUGAUGGGGCUUGUUCACUGAAUGCUUGUACAGGGAAAACCUAAAGAAUAAAAUGCACUUUGUACUAUA